GCCAUGGUUGCUUGUUAUCCAGGCAAUGGAACGGGUUAUGUGCGUCACGUGGAUAAUCCAAAUGGCGAUGGAAGAUGUGUGACAUGUAUAUAUUAUCUUAAUAAAGACUGGGAUGCCAAGGUAAGUGGAGGUAUACUUCGAAUUUUUCCAGAAGGCAAAGCCCAGUUUGCUGACAUUGAACCCAAAUUUGAUAGACUGCUGUUUUUCUGGUCUGACCGUCGCAACCCUCAUGAAGUGCAACCAGCAUACGCUACAAGGUACGCAAUAACUGUUUGGUAUUUUGAUGCAGAUGAGAGAGCACGGGCUAAAGUAAAAUACCUAACAGGUGAAAAAGGAGUGAGGGUUGAACUCAACAAACCUUCUGACUCGAUCAGUAAAGACGUCUUGUAGAGCCUCCGAUCCAGCAAUACCCCACUCACCCACAAUAAUUGUUGGCACUGUUUGUUAACUUGUGAAUACAAAUAAGUGGGAUAAUUAAUGGGAAAGAAAAAUAGACAACCAGUUGGCAUUUUAAUAAGGAACCAGAAACAACUUUUCUGUGUUGCACCAAGCGGAAGAUCCUGACUGUGCUGCACGGUCGACCCCCCAUCUGUGAUCGCCCACGGGAGGAAGAUACGCUGUCCAUGGAAAGUGGUUUUCACAUCUGGACAUGAAAUAAGUGCCCUACGUAGAAUUUUGUCCGUCUCAUGUUUUGCCAGAUCUGUCAUCUAGCUGAGUUCAUUUUAUCUCUCCUUUUUUUUAUAUCAAGUUUGAGAUUUGGUAAUUUUUAUAUGAUUAGGUACAAUUUAUCAAAACUGAAUUGAGAAAAAAAUUACAGUAUUAUUCCUCAAAGUAACAUCAAUCUAUUUUUGUAAACCUCUUCAUACUAUUAAAUUUUGCCCUCAAAGACUUCUUAUAAUGAUUGUUGCCAGCGACUGAUGAUUAAUUUUCUUUUUACUCAAAGUAAGAAACGGAGCACUUUAAUUGCCAACUGAAAAAUCAGAUUAUUUUGUAGUCCUGUCUCACACUAAUUUGAACUCGUAAAGAUUGCUGCUGUAGUUUUUUUGACAUUGUAAUAGUGAGACCUAACAGUAAAAGUCACCAUUGACUACCAAUAACUUUUAGUUCAUGUUCUGCAAGAUAAAAAUACACUGUAAGAAGGGUUUAUCUUUUAGGUUAAAUUUUUUUAAAAAUUAAAGUGACUGGCACUAAAUGAACUUGAGAUUAUCCUCUGGCUCAAGUUCCUAAGAUAAAGGGCUUUCUUACACUUUCAGGUGCAUCCUUUAGAGGUAGAUGACAUCCCAUUUCUAAGACUUUUCCUUCUGCUUCUCAAACUGAUUGUCCUUCCAGAUUUGCUUUUGUGCUUUCCUUCUAAUACUGUGGUCCUCCUGAUCUGCCGACCGGACCUGGCUUCUGUUGACAAGUAUCAGUGGAGGUUCCGUGUCCAUUGAGACCGAAAUGUGGUGUCACAGAGUGAACGUUGUGACCCUCAGACAUCUUCUGAAGCAUUCCCCAAACGCCAUGCUGGCCGCCUCAUCAGCACUGAAAAAUGUCUGUUUAGCUUAGAAAAACAAACCCCCAAAAAAGUGAAAAUUUUAUUUUUAUGUUUCAUGGGUUUUCUUUUAGAAAAAGAGGGAAUAUUACAAAAUCGCACACGGCCUCCCAGACUUCUGUUUAGAGAAUGAACUGGGACGGACAUCUUAGACUUCACCGUCCUAGCUCUUCAGCAAAACCCAAAGGGCGGUGUCUGUAUUUUCCGUGAAUCAUGGGUGUAAGGACCUUGCCCACUUAGGUUUCCUAUCUCUGUCCUUGAUCUUUGCCAAAAUGUGAUUAUACGGAAAUAUUUCUGUAUAUUUCAACUUACGACAGUUCUACCAUCUGUAUAGUUUGUGUUCAAUUAGACCUUUUCUAUGGAAAGCUCAGUAAUUUUUAUUAAAAGAUUGCUAUUCAUGUAAAACAUGAAAAAAAAUUGUUUAGUGAAACUGACAGUGCAGACUUAGGUGGGGAUUAAAUAUCUGGUGGUGUGAUCUCACCUAGGAGAACUUGCAGGAGAAAGCGAUGGUUGCUUGUUUUCCUUGCCCGUGUUAUUUUGUUCCACCGACUGUCCCUCGAUCCAGAUGAUAACAUGACAUCCCUACAGUUAAGUGCCUCUGCCAGCCGGGCCGGUAGUGCAGGCUGUUGCUGCCGUCUGGUCUACCGUGCGGUGCACUGCGUGAGACCACAGCUCAAAAGCACCAUCAUUUUUAGGGUUCAUAGAAACUGUUUUACGUUGAUGGGAGGUUUGUUUGAUUAUCCAGAUAGACAGCAACAGCCUUUUAAUUUGGGAGCCCCUGUUGUCACUCAAACGUGUACCUCUGCAGUCGUACAAAGUGUCAGAUUCUACUGUCUGUGGGUUGUGCUUGCCAGAGAGGUCAUAAAUUGUAUAUUUUUUGGAAAAGUUUAUAUACUUUCUUGGAGACCAUUGUGAAAAGAUCAAGAAAUCAGGAUAAGCAUUUCCUUCAUAUCCAUUUAAAAUCGACUCAUUUCAUGUUAGUGGGACCGUUAACUUGUCACCAAGCAGGACUCUUUUUAAAACAAAAUUUAAAACUAUUUGUGGCCUAUAUGUGUUUAAUCCUGGUUAAAGAUAAAGCUUCAUAAUGCUGUUUUUAUUCAACACAUUAACCAGCUGUAAAACACAGACCUUUAUCAAUAGCAGGCAAGGAAUUUCAGGAUUCAUAUACAGAUAGAGUAUAAAGUCAUGUUAUUUGAAAAGCAUUGUUUCGUUAUGAAAGAGCUCUCGAGUUGCUUGUAAAGCUAAUCUAAUUAAAAAGAUGUAUAAAUGUUCUUGAAAAAUGA